AAUGAAUCGGCGACAGAGGGGAGUUACUGCCCUCGAACGCAUCGACGGCACCCAAUCCAUCCUCUCCUCAAGGAAAAAGAUUGGAGAAUAAAGUUGAAGAAAGCGAAACAGUAGACCACACCUCACACAAACACCUCCCAACCCAUCCAGAAGCCCCCAACCCCGUUGAGCGGCGCGCCUGGGAAGAAGCGGAGCGGAGGAGCAAUGGACCAGCACCAGGAGCUGGAGGUGGAUGUGGAGGGAGAGCCAACGGAUCAGCGCAAGGAGGAGGCGGCGGACGCGGACGCGGGCAAGCCUGAAGAGCCGACGGAUCAGCGCAAGGAGGAGGAGGAGGAGCGGGAGGAGGGAGACAACCUCAAAGAGCCAACGGAUCAGCGCAAGGAGGACAAGCCUGACGGGCUGACGGAGCAGCACAAGGCGGAGGCGGUGGCGGUUGCGGUGGUGGUGGCGGAGGUGGACAAGUCUGAAGAGCUGACGGACCAGCGCAAGGCGGGGGCGGUGGUGGAGGUGGAGGUGGACAAGUUUGAAGAGCUCACCGACCAGCGCAAGGAGGAGGCGGCGGAGGACAAGGACAAGGAGACGGAGAGGAGCUCCAGCGAAGAGUCGCCGUCGCUCUUCGUGCACCCGUGCUCGCUGCUGCUGCGGUACCUCGUCCGUGCCUACGCCUGGUGCAUGGGCAUGGCCGACUGGUUCGGCGGCGGCGGCACAAGGCCGAGCGCCGCUCCUGCCGCGUCCCUUAACUCGUCACGGGAAGAAGCAGGCGAGGCGGCGGGCGUCAGGACCAGGGAGAUCUCCAGCUCCAAGACCACUGACAGAGGGUUCUACGUGCGGGAGAUGAUCGUGAGCAUGUGGGCGGUGAGGAGGCCGCGGCCGCCCGGCAACCCGAGGGAAGGGCGCGGCGGCGGUGGAGGAAGCCACAACUAGCGUUCAGCCUUGCUAGCACUACGUACGCAUCUGCGGCGGCAAUGGAGCACGUACGUACGUACGUCGUCUCAAUCUCGCAGGCUGUCAACUUGGGAAAGCAGGUGACCUUUGGUUGUUUGUUUGUGUGUAUAGCAAAGUGUCUGGAUAAUCAAGAGAUUAAGUGCUGACGUUCUUCACGUAGACUUUGACUGAUCACAUCUUGCCAUAAGAUUAAGAGUAAGAACUACUGUGUGUUACUGUGUUAGCACAGCUCUUGCUGCAGUCUGUGUUCUGUAAGCUGAUUGAAACCUGCUCAACUUAUCUGCUGACGUUGGUAGUUAACUGCUACAGCCUUUUUGUCUGUUGCUCGAGUGAUGUGCUGUCCCGUGUCGGUGGUCUCGUGUUUCAGUAAGAAACUCUGUGUUGGUACUGUUCUUCUAUACUCUGUUGGUAUGUUU